CUGACAUUUUAGUUACGCGGACCGUGUCAGAUUAAGAUUGUUUAUUGGCAUAACUAUUGGAUCCAAUACAACCUUUCUCUUUCUCUCUUCAUAUAUAAAAUAAUAAUAGUCAAAUACACGAUACUAAUACUGCGCGAAUUCUAUUCUACUCUUGUUCCUUUCUCACUCAGCUCAGGGAAGAUGGCAGAAAAUGGUUUUGUUCACGAUGAUGACAAAACCGGCAAUUCUUCAACCAACAAGGUUGACCCAGGGAAACCUGCUGGACUUACCUGGCAGCGAAAAUUAAACAACGAAGGAAAGGCUCCAUCAGAAUUCACCUUAUCUUUAAAAGAGAUGAUUCAUCUGGCUCCAAUUGGUUAUCGGCUAUGGCGUCAUGUUCGGGAAGAAGUUGCCAAAGGAAAGGGCGGGAUGAUUGAUCCUUUUGCCAAGCACCAUGUAACAUCUUGUCAUGGUGUUCCUUUAGGAGGUAUUGGGUCAGGAAGCAUUGGAAGAAGUUACAGAGGUGAAUUUCAGCGUUGGCAACUGUUCCCUAGAAUAUGCGAAGAGAAACCGGUUUUAGCAAAUCAGUUUUCUGUUUUUGUUUCACGUCCAAGUGGUGAAAAGUAUUCUAGUGUACUUUGUCCAGGGAAGCCAGAGAUAUUAAAACAAAAUCCAGUAUCAGGGAUUGAAUCAUGGGAUUGGAAUAUAAAUGGAAACAGUUCCACAUAUCAUGCAUUAUACCCAAGGGCCUGGACAGUAUAUGAGGAACCGGAUCCAGCUUUGAGAAUAGUUUGUCGUCAGAUUUCACCUGUUAUACCCCAUAACUACAAGGAGAGUAGCUUUCCUGUAACAGUUUUUACUUUCACGAUUAAAAACUUAGGUAACACAACAGCAGAUGUUACCUUGCUUUUCACAUGGACAAAUUCUGUUGGAGGAAUUUCUGAAUUUACUGGUGACCACUUUAAUUCAAAGAUAAUGAUGAAUGAUGGCAUUCAUGGUGUGCUUCUACAUCACAAGACUGCAAAUGAGAGAUCUCCAGUCACAUUUGCAAUUGCAGCAGAAGAGACUGAAUAUGUUCAUAUCUCAGAAUGUCCCGUGUUUGUCAUAUCUGGUGCUUACAAUGGUAUCUCAGCUACGGAUAUGUGGCAUGAAAUUAAACAGCAUGGGUCAUUUGACCAUCUGAAUUCUGCUGAAACCACUGUGCCUUCAAAACCAGGAUCAUCUAUUGGAGCAGCUAUUGCAGCAACUUUGACUAUUCCCUCUGAUGCUCAGCGGAUUGUGACAUUUUCUUUGGCAUGGGACUGUCCUGAAGUCAAGUUUUCUGAAGGAAGGACAUAUUACAGGCGUUACACUAAAUUCUAUGGUACUAAUGGAGAUGCUGCUGCAGAUAUUGCACAUGAUGCUCUUAUUGAACAUUGCCAAUGGGAGGCUCAGAUUGAUGAUUGGCAAAGACCAAUACUUGAGGACAAAAGACUUCCUGAAUGGUACCCAACUACCCUUUUAAAUGAACUUUACUAUUUGAAUUCUGGGGGAACAAUUUGGACAGAUGGUUCACCUCCCAUGCGUAGUUUAGUUAAAACACGAGAAAGAAAAUUUUCCCUGGAUGGAUUCAUAUCUGGUUUAGAUAAUAAACAUAAUUUAUCACAUCAAAAUGAUACCGCUAUCAACAUUCUUGAAAUGUUUAGCUCAGUAGUUGAGCAAACACACUCUCCACCUGCAUCAAAGUCUGCAUCUGGAGUAAAUCUGCUCCAAGAAGGGGAAGAAAACAUUGGUCAGUUUCUUUAUCUGGAAGGCGUUGAGUAUCAAAUGUGGAACACCUACGAUGUCCACUUUUACUCUUCUUUUGCACUAGUCAUGCUAUUUCCAAAACUUGAACUUAGCAUCCAAAGAGACUUCGCUGCAGCAGUGCUGAUGCAUGACCCUAGUAAGAUGAAACUUCUACAUGAUGGCCAAUGGGCACAAAGAAAGGUUCUUGGUGCUGUUCCUCAUGAUAUUGGAAUCAAUGAUCCAUGGUUUGAAGUAAAUGGAUAUAAUCUUUAUAACACAGAUAGGUGGAAAGACUUGAAUCCAAAAUUUGUUCUCCAGAUUUAUAGGGAUGUAGUUGCUACUGGUGACAAGAAGUUUGCGCAAGCUGUUUGGCCAGCUGUUUAUAUUGCAAUUGCUUAUAUGGACCAAUUUGACAAGGAUGGUGAUGGAAUGAUUGAAAAUGAAGGCUUCCCUGAUCAAACUUAUGACACAUGGUCUGUGUCUGGCGUGAGUGCGUAUAGUGGUGGACUGUGGGCGGCAGCACUUCAGGCAGCAUCAGCACUGGCGCAUGAAGUUGGUGACAAGGGUUCUGAAGAUUAUUUUUGGCUUAAGUUUCAAAAAGCAAAGGCCGUAUAUGAAAAGUUAUGGAAUGGUUCCUACUUUAAUUAUGAUAGCAGCGGUGGAAGUUCGAGUUCAUCUAUUCAAGCUGAUCAAUUAGCUGGUCAAUGGUAUGCUAGAGCAUGUGGUCUUUUGCCAAUUGUUGAAGAAAAGAAAAGUAGAAGCGCACUUAAAAUGGUUUAUAAUUACAAUGUUAUGAAAGUACAGGACGGAAGGCGUGGUGCUGUAAAUGGGAUGUUACCUGAUGGAAAUGUUGACAUGUCGACAAUGCAAUCACGGGAAAUAUGGUCAGGCGUCACAUAUGCCUUAGCUGCAACAAUGAUCCAAGAAAAUAUGAUUGACAUGGCAUUUCAAACUGCUGGUGGGGUAUAUGAAACUGCGUGGUCCAACAAUGGACUCGGUUAUUCUUUCCAAACUCCUGAAGCGUGGACCACUAAAGAUGAAUAUAGAUCUUUAUGUUACAUGCGCCCCCUAGCCAUAUGGGCAAUGCAGUGGGAAUUAUCAAGAGAAAAGCGCACUCAACAUGAGAGUAAAUCGGAUAUAAAAGAAGAUAUUUUGUCUAGAUAUCAUGAUGGUUUUUCGAAAGUUGCUCGCCUUCUAAAGGUGAAGGAGGAGACAGAUUCUAGAAGUCUAUUUCAGGUUAUAUAUGAUUUUACUUGCAAGAGGAUGUGGGUAUAGACAUGCUUUGUUUGUAGAUUGUGUGUAUAUAUAUAUUGCAAGAGUAAUGUUAUAUCCUCCUAUGAUUCCUCCUACAACUCUUAAUACUUUACAAAAGAAAAUAAAAUGCACUUAAAUAAUGUCUUUGAAAUACAAAAAGCAUUCAAUAUUUAACGACCAGUUAGAGGAUUUUAAA